AGUUUUGGAGGAUUUCUCUGUGCUGUCACUCGUUCUUCUACCUGUGCCGGCUGGAGAGGUGCAGAGCUUCGGAUGUAGCCGUGAUGUCUCAGAGGAUCCUGGGCUGACAUACUGUGUGUGUGUGUGUGUGUGUGUGUGGAGAGGGACUGGCCACAGAGGACGGACUGACAGACUGACCUGGAUACGAGCUAAAGCAGAGCCACAGCAGCCAAUGUGGAGCUUUUGGGAGGAGGUGGAUCCUGAGCGCUAAUACUGGAUCCAAAUCAGUCCCACAGAAGGUUCCUGCCCUGACAGGCCCUGGAUGGUGAUGACUGUGGCAGGUCCAGGAGGUGAUGUGGUUGUUCUGGGCGGGUUAAACUCAGGUUCUCAUUAAUUCAUCAACGCGGGCUGUCACUGUGUCAGUGUGACAGGGCCGGAGCUGGAGGAGGAGGAGGAGGAGGACACGUCAGGGAGGGAUUCACUAGCUGGAAAAACAGAAAUGAGCAGGCUCCCGAGCUUGUGGUGCCAUGGUGCCUUUUAACUCUGCCGUAUUUCGCUGCUCCUCUUCUUCUUCUUCCCCGUCGAUUUUCUGUUUUUGGAGCUGAGGAUGUGGAAGUUCAAAGCUUUCUGCCUCGACUACUGGCACGUGCUGUGUUUGCACCCGCACAACAACUUCUACAAGAGUGUCGAAGGGGAUGGACGGUCCAAUGACGGUGGCCAUUCCCUGGACAGCGGAGCCAGCUAUGGUCAGGGUCCGGUGACUCACGGCUCGGCCAUCAGCCCUGACCGAUUCGACAGUCCUCUCUACAGCCACGGGGUCCAGCCCGGGCCUCAGAGGCCUCGGCGGCCCAAGCUCCAGCACUCGCAGUCCAUCCUCCGGAAGCAGGCUGAGGAGGAGGCCAUCAAACGGUCGCGCUCGCUCUCUGAGAGUUAUGAGCUCUCUGCUGACCUUCAGGACAAACAGGUGGAGAUGCUGGAGCGCAAAUAUGGCGGACGAUUCAUAACUCGGCAUGCAGCGCGCACCAUCCAGACAGCCUUCCGCCAGUAUCAGAUGAACAAGAACUUUGAACGUCUCCGGAGCUCCAUGUCUGAGAACCGCAUGUCCAGGCGCAUUGUUCUGUCCAACAUGAGGAUGCAGCUGUCGUUUGAAGGCCCGGAGAAAGUGCACAGCUCCUACUUUGAAGGGCGGCAGGUGUCCAUGACGGAGGACGGCUCCCCGCUGUCCAUGGUGCAGUCCGGGUGUGGAGAUAUCGAGGUUCACCAACAGGCCAACAUGGCGGCUCACCCGCCUCCGCAGGGCGACCUGACCGACACCAUCACGGAGCUGGAGGACGCCUUCUCCCGGCAGGUCAAGUCUCUGGCGGAGUCGAUAGAUGACGCGCUGAACUGUCGCAGCCUUCAGGGGGACGAAGGCCCCGACCCGGACAGCAUGGGCUGCUCCGAGGUGGAGAGGGUGCUUCCCUAUCAGGUGAAGGCCCACCGCAGGGGAGCUGGACGCAUGCACGAUGAAACAAUGGCGUCAUAUAGCGAUGUUACUCUGUUCAUAGACGAGGAGGACAUGUCCCCCUCUCUUGCUCUGUUGAGGUCGGGGGAACAACCUUCCAGCACAGAAUCCGACUUGCGAUUGCGGUCAGUCAACUCCUCCCAGGAUUACUGGCCUCUUGACCCUAAGGAUGAGGGUCGUGACACUGACACAAGCUGCCGCAGCACUCCCUCCCUGGAGUGCCAAGAGCAGCGUCUUAGAAUGGACCAUCUUCCCUUGCUGACCAUUGAACCUCCUAGUGACAGCUCUGUGGAGCUCAGCGACCGCUCUGACCGCGGCUCUGUCAAGCGGCCGCCUGCGUACGAGCCGCCGCAUGGCCACAUUGUUACAUCGUCCCAAGCGAGCCCGAAACACAUUUCCCACGGCCCCCCGCCACGGGUGCCGUCCCGCGACGACGACGCACCUCUGCGCCACCGGCACCGCCAGCUGGAGAGCCACCUGGCCAUCAACGGCUCGGCUAACCGGCAGAGUAAGUCUGAGUCCGACUUCUCCGACGGGGACAACGACAGCAUCAACAGCACGUCCAACUCCAACGACACCAUCAACUGCAGCUCCGAGUCGUCGUCGCGGGACAGCCUGCGAGAGCAGACGCUCAGCAAGCAGACGUACCACAAGGAGACUCGCAACAGCUGGGACUCGCCCAUCUUCAGCAACGACGUCAUUCGCAAGAGACACUACCGCAUCGGCCUGAACCUCUUCAACAAGAAGCCAGAAAAAGGCAUCCAGUACCUGACUGAGAGAGGAUUCAUCCCCGACACACCAGUGGGUGUGGCUCACUUCCUGCUGCAGAGGAAGGGCCUGAGCAGGCAGAUGAUUGGAGAAUUUCUCGGGAAUCGACAAAAACAGUUCAACAGAGAUGUUCUAGACUGUGUGGUUGAUGAAAUGGACUUCCAGAGCAUGGAGCUGGACGAGGCCCUCAGGAAAUUUCAGAACCACAUCCGUGUCCAGGGCGAAGCCCAGAAGGUGGAGCGACUCAUCGAAGCUUUCAGCCAGCGUUACUGCAUCUGCAACCCCACAGUUGUGCGUCAGUUCCGGAACCCUGACACCAUCUUCAUCCUGGCGUUUGCCAUCAUCCUCCUCAACACCGACAUGUACAGCCCCAACGUCAAGCCUGAGAGGAAGAUGAAGCUGGAGGACUUCAUCAAGAAUUUAAGAGGUGUGGACGAUGGUGAGGACAUACCCAGGGAGACUCUGGUUGGCAUUUAUGAGAGGAUCCGUAAGCGAGAGCUGAAGACCAAUGAAGACCAUGUCUCCCAGGUGCAGAAGGUGGAGAAGCUGAUUGUGGGAAAGAAACCGAUUGGAUCGCUCCAUCACGGCCUGGGAUGUGUUCUGUCGCUUCCCCAUCGCCGACUGGUCUGUUACUGUCGUCUGUUUGAAGUGCCAGAUCCCAACAAGCUCCAGAAGUUGGGCCUGCACCAGCGGGAGAUCUUUCUGUUCAAUGACCUCUUAGUGGUAACCAAGAUCUUCCAGAAGAAGAAGAACUCGGUGACGUACAGCUUCAGGCAGUCGUUCUCUCUCUAUGGGAUGCAAGUCAUGCUGUUUGAAAAUCAGUAUUACCCAAAUGGAAUCCGGCUCACAUCAGCGAUACCAGGUGCAGACAUCAAAGUCCUCAUCAACUUUAACGCUCCCAAUCCCCAGGACCGCAAAAAGUUCACAGAUGACCUGCGAGAGUCCAUCGCCGAGGUCCAGGAAAUGGAGAAAUACAGAAUAGAGUCUGAGCUGGAGAAGCAGAAGGGGGUGGUGAGGCCCAGCAUGUCGCAGAGCUCCGGUCUGAAGAAGGAAGCUGGCAACGGCAGCAUGAACCGCGCCAGCCUGGACGACACCUACGCCAUGGGCGAGGGCCUGAAGAGGAGCGCCCUCAGCAGCUCGCUGCGAGACCUCUCCGAAGCAGGCAAGCGGGGGCGUCGCAGCAGUGCAGGAUCACUAGACAGCAAUAUGGAAGGGUCCAUCAUUAGCAGCCCGCACACGCGACGGAGGGCCACCACGCCACGUGAGGGCGCGCCCCGCGGCCAAGCCCCCAUCCCUAACUCGGCAUCGACUUCCAUCCUCGGGUCGCUCUUUGGCAGCAAGCGAGGCAAACCGCCUGCCCAGAGUCACCCGCCUUACCCACAGGGCGGUCACCCGACCCUCAUAUCCCACAAGCCCCACCCAACCAACCUGCACCACACGGCGCAGGUGGUGCACACCCAGCUCCAAGGUCACCACCCGCAGUACUGCCAGGUCCCCCAGAACCCACCGCCGUACCACCACCACCACCACUACCACCCCCCGCCCCACACGCAGUACCACCAGCACCCGGCCUACGCCUCGCAUGCACACCAACCGCACGCCCACCCGCAGCACAGCCACUACAGCCAGCAUUCCCACUCCCACUCCUCGCACUCCCAGCACACGGCGGCGACUCACCACCACAGUCAGCAGGCGGGUUCGGCUCCCGGCGGACCCAAACCCAAACACAGUGGCAUCAGCACCGUAGUGUGAUGCUCUCAAACAACCGAGAGGAGGGAACUCAGUGAAGGAAAGGGACAAUUGCUUACACCAAAGGGACUGACAGCAGAACUCUAUGGCCUGUCCACUGUGUUUUUACUGCUGCUGUGACGGAAGCCGAUCACACGCAGUCACCUUUUUUUCACCUCCAGGUCCAACUAAUAUGCAGGAUGGAAAUGGGACUCAAAUCAUCCACUAAGGGGCCUUUAAUAGUUUGCCUGAUGAUAGUGGGCUUGUGGGCUUGGCCCUAUCAGGGUCUUGUUUGUGUGUGUGUGUGUGUGGGGGGGGGGGGGGGGGGGGGGGUUGGGUUCUAUACAGGAAGAUGCUCUAUAUUUUAAACACACACCGCCGGGCCGUGGCUCCCCACUGCUUCACCCCCCCCUAACUUCACAUAAUCAGGUGGGAAGGCGUGAGGAAGAAUGGCGUCAUUCCUUGUGCACAGAAGUCGACUUCUCGAUUCUUUGAUUUCCCGCCAUCAUGUGGACGCUAAUAGAAAACCUUGGGUACAAACAUCUCACGCCGACAUGAGUCAAGGGGGCAGGUGAACGAGCGAGGCGACCAUUUCAGUCAUAGUAGUUCUAGUGCUGUAUUUACUGUAGAUGACAGCUGUACGUGUUGUCUCCUAGCUCUCAUAAUUAAAUGUGCCAACUAUUAAUGCAUAAUCUAUUUAGUCCAGACUUCAUGUACAGUAUAUUGUGCGUAAAGUAAUUUGUAAGAUUAUACUUACAGUUAUUAUUAUUAUUAUUAUUAUUAUUAUUGUUAUCAGCAAAAAUGAAUUUUAUCAGUAUUAUACUGACUCUGUGGUAACGGCAUGUAGACCUGAAAGGAUUGAACUCCCCUUCAGUCCAGCCUAGAAUUCAUUCUGGAAGAUUUGCCUUUUAAAAAUGGAUCAGAGGGAGGAGCCUCUGGACGGCAGCUGUUGCAUAUGUGCCCCCCCCCAACCCUCCCCCAAAAAAAGAUGCAAACUUCCUGUCAGUUCUCACACACAGGGUGAACGAAGCUGAUUGGUUUGUUUGAAUCUCGGUUUACUUUGCGCGCCGUGUCUGAGAACACACACACACACGCGUGUGCGGGUUCAUGUUACAUGUAACGGAGGAAAUCUUUUUGCCUUUAUCAUAUACAACAGCUGCUCUCGACUCUUACGCUGGACUCACGCGUACGCGGCCGAGGUCACGUCGACACUCUGAAUUGUCGAGUCUCUUGCGUCGCGUUCACCUUUCUCAGCGUCUGCAUGUGACAGAAGUCGAGAAACGUUCAACUGUCUGAUUGUCAGCCAGUCAAAACACCUUAUGCAAAUAACGCAGCCAGUCAUCCAUCGUCUACCGCUUUAUCCUCCACGUGAGGGUCGCGGGGGUCGCUGGUGCCAAUCUUAGUCGUCACAGGGGACACACAUAGAGACAAACAACCAUCCACUCUCACACAAUACAGUCAAUUUAGAGUGUCCGAUUUACCUAACCCCCAUAUUGCAUGUUUUUGGACUGUGGGAGGAAACCCGGAGAAAACCCACGCACACACGAGGAGAACCAUGCAAACUCCAUGCAGAAAGGCCCUUGUUUACCAACCGGGUCGCGAACCCGAGUCUUACACCAACUGGUUUAGCUCGAACACUAAACAGCAUUAAACUGAGCUUGGGCGUGGAAAAGGUUUUUUUUUUUUAUGGAACAAAGUGCACCAACAAUGGCGAUCACUAACCUCCGAAACAUCGUACGUGUGAAUCCAGCGUUAAAACCGACAUCAAAAAAGAGAAAUACUUUUUUUUUAGAAAAAUCCUCUUUUGCCUUGUUUAUGUUUCUUUACUUCACCGACACACUUUGGUGAGUGGGAAAGACGUAAAAAAAAAAACCAGUUCUUACAUAGUGAAGUAUUUUUUUUCAUCCUUUUUCUAUCACGUGUGCAAUAUCUUUGUACUGAUUUUCUACAUUUAAGAACGAGAGAGAGAGAGCAAGGUGUCCCCGCGUUUUCUUUUUCAUGUGAUAAUAAUUUAUUUAUUUUAGGUUUUUUUCCGCUGGUUUUUUGAAGCCCUGUCUUAAGAGUCUUUCGUUAAAAAUGAAUGCGUGGCCUGUCCUCGCGGCCUGUCCUCGCCGCCUGUCCUCGCGGCCUGUCCCCGCCGCCUCGCGAGAGGGACAGACUCGGAGCUCGGUGGAAUGUCUAAGCAAAUUCUUUUGCUUUUUUGCAUGUAAUGUUAUUGAUGUGAGGCUAUCCUCUGCACAUUGUAUAACAGAAUCAGUGUUACCAUGGCAAGUUAAAGUGCAAUCAUGUUCAGAAAAAUCCAGACUUGUACUGAAAGUGGAAGUAAGUCUGUCGUCUUGUCCAGGAUGAGAUUCAGGUGAAAAAAAAUAAAAUAUAUAUAUGUGUAUAUAUAUAUAUCUAUAUAUAUACUGUAUAUAUAUAUAUAUAUAUAUAUAUACACAUAUAUAUAUAUCUUUCUCUUUUUCUUUUUUUCAUUUAGGGAAUAUAUAAAUACUUAAAUACAAUAAACCAUGGAAAGAGGAAUGUGUGUAUAUAUUUUAAUAAUAAAAAACAAUAAAAGAAACGCUUCUCCUAGGGCUGAGACAAAAAUAUUUUGCUGGAUAAGCACAUAAUGAAAGAAACACUUUCAAUUUUCUUCAGGAAAUGCAGUUAUACAUAUAUAUAUUAUAAUAAUAAUAAUACUACGAUAAUGCAAACUGAACAAGAACUGGGUCUGUGUAAAGAUUUAACUUUCUACAUUCUACAAAUAAGAGUCUAUUCUAAGUGUGUAAAAUUAGUGGCAGUAAUCUGUUCGUCCCAGUAUUCAGGUUGUACAUGUAUUUUAACAUUCACGGAGGACAAAAAAAACAAAAACCUCAUCAUCGCCAUCAUACGUCAGGCUUUCAAUCUGCUCGGUGUGGAUUAACAAAGAGGGUUCACGAGGGCAGACAUGUCACAGUAACGCUCAGAUGAAUGUGUCUUUCUGUCCAUUCCACAUCUUUAGUUUAUUUUCUUUUUCUACCUUCCCGGAAUCUCGGGACAAUGUAAAAACCAAGGAGUCUGUUUAUGUCAUUUUUAUUUGAGUGUGUGUGUGUGUGUGUGUGUGUGUUGUAGUGCUUCCAACGUCUAUUUUUAGUACCCCAACAAUGCACUGCAUGGAUCUGAUGCAUCACGUGUCCUUUUCACUGUGAGCUGAUUGAAGAGGAAAAAAAAAAGAGAAGAAGAAGGAAAACAGAAAAAAAAUCAGCCUGUAAAUUUAGAUUUUUGUUUUGUUGUUGUUGUUUUUUUUUUGUCACUUCCUUGUUGUUGACGUGUCGUCCUUGUUGUUCCAUGUUAGGCUGGUCGUUGUCGUCGAAGCUCAGCAUGCAUUUCACCCACAGAAGCCAUCGUGUAAAUUACAAAAAAAAACAAAAAAACGUGGAGAACGUUGCACUUCUUGUCGCUGAGGGCUUUCAUCGUGUAAAUACGGGAUUUCCAUGUGUGGACUGAUCAAAAUGUGUGUAAGGAAGGAAGGAAGGAAGGAAGCUGUAAAGGGACCAAGGGGGGGUUUUGAAGGAGCUGUACAUACUGUGUAUACGAUCAGUGCUCUCUAUUGUGAUAUCGGCAGUCAACAUCAGGAUGUAUAUACGUCGCCUCAUAGAUGGACGUGUGGGGUGAUACGCGAACAUAUCGAUUGUCAUGAACUGACAUUUGUUGUAGAAUAAAAAACAAAAAAACACAAGACUGUUAGAAAGUCCGCUGCCAUUUCCACUCACCUCUGUUUUCAUACAUGCAAAAAACCCACCGUCACACAAACUCUCUCUCACGCACACACACACACACAUAUACUGUACACGCAGUGAAACGUACACACACACACACACACACACAUCCGAGCUGUUCAGUGUGGCGUGAGACACAUUUUUAAAAACAAAAAGGAAAAAGUCAAGAAUGGCCUCAUUUAUAUGUGCAUUCUGUUUGUACAGUGAGUAGUGAGUCAGUAAAGACCCCAGUUAUUGUAAAACUUCAACUGUGACAAUGUUGAGAACGCAAAAUAAACAAAUAUAUGACUUAUGGUA